CUGGUGACCGACAAAAAAAGGCUUGGGGAUCUGUCAUCCAAGUGCUCUCUUUUAAACUUUAUAGUACUCAAUUUCUUGACUCGGCCCCAAAAACCCACUAAGACUAUUACUACUAGCUCUACAUGCUAAGGUGAAAUAGAGCCGUUUUCUCUUUCUCCCUCCAACUUUAGAGGCUCUAGUUUCUUCCUUUCCUUCCCCUUCCUUUUCUCCCUAUCUGAUGAUGUAAAACACAACAGAAAAGAUAACCAAAAAUUGGGUUCUGAGUUCUUGUUUUGCUAAAACACUUGAAAGGGUCUAAAAGAUUAUGGCUUUCUUUAGUAGCUCCUUUGCUUUGUUUUUUAUCCACAUUUACUUGUUUUUCAACUUGUGUUUAGCUGAAGAUCCUUUUGUUACCUAUAAUUUUGAGGUCUCUUAUAUCACUGCUUCUCCUCUUGGUGUGCCCCAGCAGGUUAUUGCUAUAAAUGACAAGUUUCCUGGUCCUACUAUCAAUGUAACCACCAACAACAAUGUGGUUGUCAACGUUAGAAACAAAUUGGAUGAGAAUCUUCUCAUGCAUUGGUCUGGAGUUCAACAAAGGAGAAGUUCAUGGCAAGAUGGACUUCCUGGAACUAACUGUCCAAUUCCUCCUAAGUGGAACUGGACUUAUCAGUUUCAAGUUAAGGAUCAGAUUGGGAGUUUCUUUUACUUCCCUUCUCUCUACAUGCAGAGAGCUUCUGGUGGAUUUGGUAGCUUUAUUAUAAAUAACCGGCCUAUUAUUCCAAUUCCUUUUGAUACUCCAUAUGGCGACAUUGUCAUUUUGAUUGGCGAUUGGUACAAAAGGAACCAUACGGCUUUGAGAAAAACCCUUGAUGCAGGGAAAGCUCUUGGGAUGCCAGAUGGAGUUCUUAUUAAUGGCAAAGGCCCUUACCAAUAUAACACCACACUUGUUCCUGACGGCAUCGACUAUGAAACUGUUGAAGUCCAUCCAGGGAAAACCUAUCGACUUCGUGUACACAAUGUUGGAACAUCAACUAGUUUGAAUUUCAGGAUCCAGAACCAUAACCUUCUUUUAGCAGAGUCAGAGGGAUCAUAUACCGUUCAACAGAAUUAUACUAGCUUAGAUAUUCAUGUAGGACAAUCCUAUUCGUUCUUGGUGACCAUGGAUCAGAAUGCAAGUUCUGAUUACUACAUUGUAGCUAGCGCAAGGUUUGUGAAUGAAUCACAGUGGAAAAGAGUUACUGGAGUUGCAAUCUUGCACUAUACAAAUUCCAAAGGAAAGGCGAAGGGCCCCCUACCAGAUGCACCAAAUGAUGAGUUCGACAAAACCUUUUCAAUGAACCAGGCAAGAUCUAUCAGAUGGAACGUUUCUGCAAGCGGUGCACGUCCCAACCCUCAAGGUUCAUUUAGAUAUGGAACAAUUAAUGUGACUGAAAUUUACGUGUUAAAAAAUAAGCCACCAGUGACGAUUAAUGGGAAAAAACGGACAACUCUUAGUGGGAUAUCAUUUGUAAAUCCUUCGACUCCAAUCAGGCUUGCAGAUCAAUUCAAAGUGAAAGGAGUAUAUAAGCUUGAUUUCCCCACUAAGCCACUUGAAGGACCACCUAAAAUGGAAACAUCUGUAAUUAAUGGAACAUACAGAGGAUUUAUGGAAGUCAUUCUGCAGAACAAUGAUACGAAGAUGCAGAGCUAUCACAUGAGUGGAUAUGCAUUUUUUGUUGUUGGGAUGGAUUAUGGUGAAUGGACAGAGAACAGCAGGGGUACCUAUAACAAAUGGGAUGGCAUAGCACGCUCCACAGUACAGGUUUAUCCUGGAGCGUGGACAGCAAUUUUGGUAUCACUAGACAAUGUUGGAGUCUGGAACCUCAGGACAGAAAACCUUGACUCAUGGUACCUUGGCCAAGAAACGUAUGUCAGAGUUGUGAAUCCAGAAAAGACUAACAAAACUGAGUUGCCCAUUCCAGACAAUGCUCUCUUUUGUGGUGCUCUUAGCAAAAUGCAGAAGCCACAAGAUAUCUCUUCUUUUGCUGCAUCAAUGAUGGGCGAUAGAACAAAGCAUUUCUUCACAUUGCUGAUGAUUGCCUGUGCUGUGAUGUUCAUUUUCAGCUGAUUGUUUUGCUCUGGGAAAGACUUGCUGUCUGUCUUGCACGUUCGAGCCUUUCUUCUUAGUGCGGUUUGUGGUUGUGACUUCUGAGUGCUUAGGUUUGUAGUCUAGUCCUGUUGAUAAGAAUUUUAAGUGAUUUUGACAUAUGUUCUUAAAUCUUCUUCCACAGUCCUUGUUCAAUUUAUUGGGAUCGUCAUUCUUUUAAUACCUGUAAUUUAUUAUGUGCUGAUGACAAUUAAUCAAAUUUUUAAUACAAUUAGCAUCCCGUAUAUGCUUUCUGCUUUCAA